ACGUACUUACUAAUUCCAUGCGAUUACUGUCAACAUCUCAACAUCAUGACUAAUAUCAAUAUCAAUAACUAGUAUAUCGAGUACCUACACAGAUUUUAAAGUAAUGUUUUUUUAUAUCUGUGGUCGAGUAUUAUCAAUAUUUCAUUUUAACUAAAUAGAAGUUAAAUAAUUCGAUUUUCGAUCGAUUUUCUUCAACACUACUAAUUUGAUUAAAGAGAUAAGUGGAGAACCGCCCCUAGAAGAAAAAAAUAUUUGUUUUGUAUACAUGACACAUUUUUACUUUUUUGUGUAUGUGACACUUAAAUAUAAACAUAAUUGAAAUAGUGCCUAUAAAGGCUAACAUUUAUCUUUAAGCAAUUUCCUUAAGAAACACCCAGCAUUUAGUAUGUUUAAACUUACCAUCAUACUGUUGGCUGUUACAACGGACGCCAAAAAACCAUAUACCAAGAGGCAACAAGCUGUAUGGCGUCUCGAAUGCAAUUUGGGUGUUAUAAAUGAUGUCGACUGCCCCGUGGACGGCGGCUGGGGACCCUGGAGCCCUUGGUCGCCCUGCCAGGGCUCCUGUGACGACGUGGGGCACAAUAAACGAUCAAGAAAGUGCAUCAAUCCCAUACCGUCUAAAGAUGGCCUCCCCUGCAGCGGGCCAGAUGAACAAACGAAAUCCUGCCAUUUGUCUAAUUGCUCCGUUGAAGAUUUCCGGAAGUUAGUUCUAAGAGAUGCAACACGGACAGAAUCUUUCCGGCAGCUAGAAGCGAUCCCGGCUCUUACGGAGCGUUGCCUGCAAAUGGAAUGCCCUUUCGAAGCUAUUGAAGUUUCUCUCGCCAAUGACAAUACUUGGCAGUUAACGCCUGAAGCUGUUUGGAACGCGCUGCAAUGCGUUAAACAUAAUAUAGGUUGUCUUGUUGCUGGAGAAUGGGGCAAUUGGGGUGCCUGGUCAGCCUGUGGAGCUCAGUGUGGCAAAGGACAUCGAUGGAGACUCAGGCGGUGUGAUAAUCCCCCACCAUCAGCGGCACAUUUAGUUUGUUCUGGUUGUCCAUUGGAAGCGGAGGACUGUGAAGGAGACCGUUGCAUGAUUGAUGAUCCAUUAAAUGAAACUAUCGGUACUUGGGCCAUGUGGGGACCGUGGUCUACAUGCUCCGAAAAAUGUGGUACGGGAGUCCGGCGUCGGAUAAGAGCGUGCAAUGAGAAACACGUAUCUGAUGCAACCGGCACGUGGGGAACUCAUUGCCGAGGCCCACACGAUGAAUUAGAAACUUGUCAAAAUGUGGAAUGCAUUCAAAAUGGAGGAUGGUCUGGUUGGAGUUCAUGGGGACCAUGCUCGCAAACUUGUGGGGCAGGAAAAAGGUCUAGAACCCGGUCCUGUACUAGACCGGUGCCUUCUGGUAAUGGAAACGAUUGUAUGGGACCGAGAACGGAAGCCGGCCCCUGUAAUCUAGUUCCCUGUGAAGGUUAUACACAUUCCGUGGCAGUACUUAACGGAGAAUCUUUUCUACAUUACAACUUUGAAAAUAAACGUUCUGUCUUAUUUCAUUUUUAUGUGAGAUUUAUGUCAUUGUCACCGCAUGGAACUUUGGUACGCAGAGGAGCCGCUCAGAAUCCCCUCGUUAGACUGAGUUUACAGAAAUGGCAUGUUUGCUUGGAUGCCAGUGGGCUGACUCCAACCUGCGGGUUACCACGUAUUUGCUCGGCCACUGUCGUAGAGCCUGCUACUUGGCAUUCGGCUCUCAUCUCAAUCACUAGUGAAGCUGCCUCUCUCAGAUUAGACGACGAACAAGUUGCAAUUAAAAGCACAUUUCCUUGUGAUCCAGAGCUACCAGAUGAGAAAAUGCACUUGGUAGUUGGUGAACAUUUUCAUGGCGAAAUACAAGACCUCAUUUUGAAUUUUAUACCAUUGAAUAUGAUGAUUGAAAGAGAUCGUAGACUGCAACGAUCCGAUUUUUAUCCCACUUCUGUAUCAAAUAUUGCAUAUCAAAACUCGAAUCAAGACGAGGCAUAUUUAACUCUUGACAAUGAACAGUACUUGCGAAUACCAUGUUUUAACAACCAAUAUGAGUGGCGAUUGGACUUGACUGUCAAACCCACAAAUGACGAUGGUACAGUUUUAUUUCUACAUGAUGGAUGGAUAAACAGCUGGUUAAGUGUCGCUUUACAGAAUUGCAGAGUCAGAAUGAAGUUAGCGAUAGGUGACUUUCGCUCUGAAAGUAGUAGCUCUGACGAAUGUCCUUUCGACCAAUGGUUGGAUGUGGCAGUAUCAAAGAAAAAAGACUCAAAUACAAUCGAGGCAUCAAUAAACUCUGGUGAAAACCUUCACGUCUCUCUAGUGGAAGAAGUAACGAAGCGCCGCCGAUGUUCUCGAAAUUUUGACUUAUUUAACAAAGCUGCUAGCCUGAAAAGGCACACCUGUAAAGGCACCACACCUGUCCCAUUGUCUAUUUGUGGCGAUGAAUUCUAUAUAGGAGGCAUACCCAACGACAUUAAAAGUAUUUUAAAAGAAGAUUUCAUAUCGUUCUCGGGAAUAAUAGCUUCUUUGAAGAUUAACGGAAUUCUUCAAGACCUACAAAACAUAAACAGGGAACGAUAUAAAGAUGACAAAUUGCAAUUAUCGUCAAGGAGUGCUAGUGUGUCCGGCUCGUACCACGAAGUUGCGUGGGGUGAGUCGAACCAUUUAAACUUGACCUGCCUCCACGCCAGAGCAGUGCGAUCGUUAGUGCCUCAUAAUGCUCUUUGGUUAUUCUUGGACACAAUAGUCCACAGCGCUCUCAAAGGAAAGACUUUGCGAUCUUUGGACGAUGGAAGAGUUCUCAGGCUCGUGGCCAAAGCUGAUAAUGAUCUGAGAGGUUUUUAUACUUGUCGUGCGCAUUCAAACAGAAGGACAACUAAUAUUGUGACUUAUGGUGUUCUUGGAAAAUUAAAAUACAAAUUAUCCGGUCCCGACACCACAACAGCUAUAGCAGUGUUGACAACCAUCAUUCUUGUAAUUGGAACUUUAGGCUGGCUUGGUAUUGAAGGUCUCAACGAUCUCCGCACCGGUUAUGGCUUUUAUCGAGAUGCACAUUUAACACCGCAAGAAGAAGCUGAAGCAGUUUGCAAGUAUAUCGAUGAUAAUAUAGACUUAUAUAGUAAUAAAAGCGAUGCGAAAAUGGCUAAGGCUUUGGCGCGACGUAGAGGGUGGCAGUUAGAGAGCCAUGCUAAUUUUGGCGCUCAAGAACCACAGGGCAUGAAUGCUGAUGACAACACAGUAGAAGACUUGUCCAGUCCUGAGACUGUAUUUCCCGCUUUGAAAGAGACGAAAAGUCCUACGGAACAAAUGAACGAUGUGUUGAAACAUGAGCAGAGUGCAAUUAGCUAUCCCAGCGUCGUCAGCUCUCCUCUACAAGGGUCUAAUGUUGUGUCACCACGUGGCAGAGCGAUGUCGUGUUCGUCAUUGACAGAGACAUCUCCGAGAUUUCUGUGUUCACGUCUGUUUCUAUCUAGACGAAUUUAUUCUUCCAAGGAAAGCAUCUGCUCCCGUAAAAGCUUAUCAGGUCAGAGCAAUACUCCACGCAGAAUGGUCCCCAAGCUCCCCACUAUCAAGUCGUCCAGAGGUAUCAAUCUGUCGCCAGCUCAGAAAGUUCUGCUGAAAUUUCAGCAACUGAAGACAGAUGAUUCUUAGAAAUGUACCUAUGUGUCGCCGUCAACUGGUACGGUAAUGAGAUCUGAUACCAUUAAAAAUUAAGUUUAUUCAUUUGGUAGAUGGAAGCAUAUCUUUAAACAAAAGGUACCUAGUAGAAAAAAAAUUGAACCAUUUGAGUAUUUUUCUUAAUGUAGUGUAGAAUGGAAUAGUAGAAUAGGAA